ACUCCCAUGUUACUUUCCACUGCAUAGCUUUCUUUAUGUAUUUUUAGUUAAGUACAUACUAAUAUUCAGACAUUUAUGGACUUCAGUACAGUGCUAAGUUGUGCAAAGUUUUAAUCAUUCAGUUAUAAUCGUGUACAGUUGUGAACGUAAAAUGUUAUUGAUUGAUAAUUUGUGAUACGAAUCUAAAGCUCAGCUGUAACAUGAAGCUGCCGGGGCCCAGCAGCGUGGUCUGUCUCGCCGCGCUUCUUUCUUACAUAUCACUUGCGCAAGCCAUCGACUGCUUCAAGUGCGUCUCCAUGAACGGCAAGUUCGCGGCCUGUGAUGACCCUUUCCACAACAACCAUUCUCUCCAAAUGCUGGAGUCACCGUGUAUGGGGGGGCGGAAGGGCCGCGAUGGACUAUUUCCGGCUACUUCCUGUAUAAAGAUCGCUGGGGUGUUUGAUGACACGGGCGAGAGCAUCACGGUGCGGGGCUGCGGGCUGGACUCGGGGACUGCGACGACGGACACGGAAAUCAUUCGCAUGUCGCACUGCGGCCGCUUCUACUACAACGAUAGAUACGUGCACGGCUGCCUGCAGAGCUGCAACGACGCGGACGCCUGCAACGGCGCGCCUCGCACGCAACACGUCGCUCUUAACCCGCUAUUAUACACCACCAUCUUUCUCUUGAUACAGAGCUAACAGAGACCGGGCUAAGAGGGGGAGGAUUCGUUUUGAUUUUGUUUCAGUAUCUGCAAGUAUAAGAUAUAGAUGGAAGGAGUGUGCAGUACGGAUGUAUUACAUAUAGAACUGGAAGAAAGCCAUUGGGGUAACUUUGAAAGCGGGAUAACUUUGUAAAUCGCUAAUAUCUAUUAAGCCAGUAGCACUUCGUAUUUCGGCAAUACUUAUGUUAUUACAACGCUCACCCCACCCAGGCAUCUUUUGAUUCCUGUUGCUACAAGAAAAUGCAUCUAAUUUAGUAUUAUUUUGAGUUUAAGCACUAAUCUCCCGCAGCUCAGCCUUCGGCCUCGCGUGUAGGCGUGCCUCUCCCGGAGGCUUCGGGCCUUGGGCCCUCGCAUUUAAGAUACUUGCGAACAUUGACGUAUAUCUCAGGACGGGCCUUACGGGCACUAAAAAUGGUACUAGUUCAGCGGUGUCACUCACGAAUUCGAGCCAAUCGUGCAGCCUAACGCAACUAGUUGCGAUCAAUCGCGCGUGUGAUGCGAACUCAUCAACCAAUCGCGUUGUACCGCUGUCACACCGCUAUAGUGCCCCAUUAUCAAACCUGGGAUAACUCGGGGCACUUAUACUAAAGUGACGUAGCAAAAUAUAUUAUCGAGAAUUAAAUAUAUCGAUGUUACUGUCAUUACUGUCAACAUCUAAAUGUUCUACGACAUAAAUAUAUUUAUACAAAGUCGCUUGGCAUACUGCUUCUUAAAUUCUAAAAAGGUGUAUUUACGAAGAACUUAUUUUAUUUUUAAACCAGGUACGUAUUGCCAAAUUGGCACUAAAUGUUUUAUUCUAAUAAUUUUAUAUCGUUAUUUAUUAUUUCUUAAACAUUCAUCAUUUAUUGCUAAAAGUACAUAAAAAGUAAAAUUUACCUUAAUUCAUAAAGUCUUAUAGAUCGAAUUUUUUUUAUCGAUAUCAAAUCCCUAGAAUGUGCCCCGAGUUAUCACAGGUUUGCCCAUUAUUAAUGCCCGUAAGGCCAGUCCUGAGAUAUACGUCAAUGCUUGUGAAAUUUUGAGUAAGCAUGCACAGGUCGGAUACUUGCAAUUCCCAAAAUUACUCCACAUUCGAACUUAUCCCAAUGCACCUUCCUGUGACUUUCUUGUUAAUCAAAAACGGACCUUGUUACCGAGCUACACAGUUGAUCAUAGGAGAUUAGAGAAAACGGUACCAAAGAUACCUAUAAAGGCCUAUGCGAGUAACGGUACUGAAACUUCCUGCAUAUUAUAAUUUUAAUAACUAAAUGUGAAGUAGAAUAACAGUGAAACAAUCCUGAUACGUUUGUUACAUCUAAACAGUCGCUGGGUACUUUUUGUAUUGUAGGGAGGCCGACCAGGGGGGCUACCGCGAAAACCGAAAUUCGCAAAUUGCGGGGAUCUUUCUCUUUUACUCCAAUGAAGGAGUAUAUAAGUGUGACAGAGAAAAAUGUCCGAACUUCGAUUUUCGCGGUUAUAGCCCUGCUUUCGUACAAAAUAUGCCCGGCGACCGUGUGAAUGUGAUAAACGCUUAACCCAAAGUUUUUUAAAGGGCACAAUCAGCAGGGAAUUUGUCCAUUAAAAUAUCUAUUUAAAUGUAAUAUUAAUAUAGUUAGUUUAGUCGCAUAUUACGCUAUACACAUCACACAAAUAUUCUAUACAAAACUACCUAUAUAUUUAUUGGCUUGUAAUAUUUGAACAUGAAUUCCACUUUGAUGUUGUUCAAACGACUUUGAGGUUAAGAUAAACGUCACUUUGAUUUUGAGGUAAUAAUGUUUACCCAGUUUACAAGAAUAACUGAAAAUGGUGAAAGCAUGAACUUUACAAACUACCUACUUACGGGUAUAUAAUGUGGAUAUAUCUCUUAUAAUAAUAAAACUCGACUCGAUAAUUGUGUACAAAUAUUUCAAGCCAUAGUAAUAUGUACUUCACUCGCGUAAGUAGAUAACGUACGUAGAUUUUAUAUGUUAAAUUAAGUUGCAAACAUCCUACUAUUGCUAUAAGAUUGUAUGUCCACGUGUCGGGUUGUUUCUCUCGCGGGCGACAUACUGUCGCGGCGCCCCUGUGCUAAGCUUGCUGGUCGAGAAACUUUUGUAUAAGUAUCACUUUACACUAAAAUAUGAUU